UACGCAGGGACCGAGAGCUUUUAAAAAAUCUCGGCUAAAAUUAGUCGCUGCGCGCGUGCCACGCCGCGCACAACUGCGCCUCUUUUCACUCGUGUCUUCGAUGAUCGACGCAGUAAAAGAUGGCUUUUAUCGGAAAAGUCGUCUUGCUCGUCGAUCUGCUGAUCGUCGUUCGAGUCUUGAGCGACAACUGCGUCAUACCCUGGAUGGAAACCGGACACGAGGUCGCCGAGUCCGAGUACGUUCUGGAUCUCUCGAUCGUCAACACGACGGGACACUUGCGCUCUUACUUCCCGGACACGCAAUAUGACAUUACCAUCAGGUCAAAGUUCAGGAACCAGACCUUCACGCAGUUCUACUUCACGAUGUCGAACAAAAAUAAAACCAUGUCGGACGGGCGGCUGACGCUGCGCGAGGUGCAGCUCUCCAUGUUCCACAACGACAUGCCGUUCUGCAUCAACCGGGUGAUCGACGGGCCGAUAUCGUUGGCGAAGCAGACUCUGAAAAUCGGUUGGCAGAGUCCGCCGAGAGACAGCGGUUGCAUCGAGCUCAAAGCAGCCAUCAAGGAAACGGACCUGAGGUACCACGUGGCCAACCUGACGGUGUGCCAAGACCCGAGGGUCGAACUUGACGACCCGGGACAGAUUCUGAGGAACUGCUGCGCCUGCGACGAGGGCAAGUACGAGCUGGGCUUUGAGGGACUCUGGUCCAGGUACACACAUCCCAAAAAUUUUCCUCGAAGGGAGUGGCUGGCCGUUUUCCCGACGAUCAUAGGCGCCUCGCACUCCCACGACUACGAGUUCUGGCAUCCUUACACCAAUGCCAGCGACGGCUUGAAGAAGUACGCCGAAAACGGCGAGACGACGGAUCUGGAGUUGGAGCUCAAAGCAAACAUGGCGAGCAUAACAACGCUGCUGAAAUUCCGCGGCGUGAACUUCCAAAACAAAAGCCGACAAUCGUACGCCGGCGUCAGGGUCACCAGAGAGCACCACGUGGUUUCGCUCGUCGCGAGAAUAGAGCCGUCGCCGGACUGGUUCAUAGGCGUCUCGUCCUUGGAACUGUGUCAGCCGGAUUGCACGUGGGCGAAGCACAAGACGCUGAAUCUCUACGCUUACGACGUCGGCGUGAGGGACGGCACGGGAUACGAAAAUCAAGGCGACUUUACGGAUCCGGCCGACAUGAUCAACAGUAUGAACAUGACUUGGCCUCCGCCGGUCUGGAAAGACGACGCUCUCGUGGAGUCGCCCUUCUACGAUAAAACCAAUAACACCCACGACGUAAGGCCUCUGGCGAAAAUUCAUUUCACCCGACGAGCUGGCUCGGAGAAGAGCUGCAAGAAGGUCGGAGCGACGCACUACAUGGAACCCGAUUGCGUGAAUCCAUGGAGCUCGUGGGACCCCUGUUCGGUGACCUGCGGCAUCGGCGUUGAGAGAAGGAACAGGACUCUGAAGAAGAACGUCAAGGAGGAGGACUGCCCUGUGGAGCUGAAGCAGUCGCGAACUUGCAACAUCAAGCAGGUCCCCUGCAAGAAGGAGUUGACGCCAGACGACUGCCUGCUGACCGAGUGGAGCGAGUGGACCAAGUGCUUGGACAUGUGCGGCCAGGAGUCGAGACACCGCUCGCGAACCUACAAGUGGACCCAGAACGCUGUCCAGUGCAUCGAGACCUUCGGCCAGAAGGUGCUGCAGCAGGAGAUCGACUGCGGCCAUCCGCCUUGUCCCGACGACAGACCCGUUUGCAUGGACGACCUCUACACCGACUGGCAGCUGACUCCCUGUUCCGUGACGGUCGGCGAGGGUUUCAGGGUCAAGUACCGAACGCUCAAACCCAAUCCCAACAACUUACUGGGCACCGAAAUCGACUAUCCAGCCUGUCGCUACGAGGAAGUCGAGUGCACGGUCCAUGUCCCGAGAUCGCACGACGUCGUGCCCGAGGACCACGAGAAGGCCGAAGAGGCUGAACGUCCCAAGAUUCCGCAAGUCGAAUAUCCCCUACCCGAGAUCCCCAUAGCCGAUGAUCAUUGCUCCAUGCCCGCCGACAUCGGCCAGUGCGAGGACGGACACAACGAGAAUUCCUUGAGGCACUACUACAGGAUGGACAGGGACGAUUGCGCCAUAUUCUCGUACACCGGCUGCGGCGGCAACAAGAAUAAUUUCAAGACCAAGCAGGAAUGCAUGAGGGACUGCUCGCCCGAAGCCAAAGACGUCAACUGCGUCAUGUCGCCCUGGAGCGAGUGGUCCGAGUGCAAGAGCUGCGACAGCGUGCAGUACAGACAAAUGACGAUCAUAGUUCCACCACGGAAUAACGGCAGAGCUUGCCCCCUCGACACCGUCGAGAAGCGCAAGUGCACGGAGAAGUGCGCCCGGAACGCGUAUCCGAAUCAGGCAGGCUAUGAUUAAUUUCCAUAAGGAAAACAAAAAUAAAUAAAUAAAUAAAUAAUAAUAACCAGCC